AUAGUUGUACCCGUUAGAAUUAACGAGAGCGGGAACCCCAAAUUUCAUCUAAACAAACAAACUUCAACCCGUAAGUCACACUCUCUCUAUUCUGUUUUCUUCCACUCUCUCUCUAACAACCCUCUCUCUCUCUCUCUAAGCUUAGGGUUUCACUUUUUCAAUCAUUCUUCUUCACCAUGACUCUCCGCAAAGGCUCCAAGGUUUGGGUCCCUGAUAGGGAUUUCGCUUGGCUUCCUGCUGAAGUUCUCGAAUCUUCCGAUAAACAACUUCGCGUUCAAACCGAUUCCGGCAAUAAGAUUAUUGUAAUUGCUCCGGAGAAAAUAUUUCCGAGAGAUGCCGAUGAAGAUGAGCAUGGUGGAGUUGAAGAUAUGACGAGAUUGGCUUAUUUGAAUGAACCAGGAGUGUUGUACAAUAUUCGGAGAAGAUAUGCGCUUAAUGAUAUUUAUACAUAUACAGGGAGCAUUUUAAUAGCUGUUAAUCCAUUCACAAAGCUUCCUCAUUUGUACAAUAACCAUAUGAUGGAGCAGUAUAAGGGAGCACCAUUUGGAGAGCUCAGUCCACAUGUAUUCGCUGUCGCCGAUGCAUCGUAUAGAGCAAUGAUGAAUGAAGGUCGAAGCCAAUCUAUCUUGGUCAGUGGUGAAAGUGGCGCUGGGAAAACAGAGACAACAAAAUUGAUUAUGCAGUAUCUUACCUUUGUUGGUGGGCGUGCUGUUUCUGAUGAUAGAACAGUUGAACAACAAGUUCUUGAAUCAAAUCCACUUUUAGAGGCAUUUGGCAAUGCAAGGACUUCCAGAAAUGACAAUUCAAGCCGUUUUGGGAAGUUCGUUGAAAUUCAGUUUGAUUCAAGUGGUAAAAUAUCUGGUGCUGCAAUUAGAACUUACUUAUUGGAAAGAUCACGAGUAGUGCAGACCACGGAUCCUGAAAGAAAUUAUCACUGCUUUUACCAGUUGUGUGCAUCUGAAAGGGAUGUAGAAAAGUACAAGUUAGGACAUCCAAGUCACUUCCACUAUUUGAAUCAAAGUAAAGUUUAUGAAUUAGACGGGGUAAGCAGUGCAGAAGAAUACAUAAAGACGAGAAGAGCAAUGAAUAUUGUUGGCAUAAGUCACGAGGAUCAGGAAGCCAUAUUUCGCACCUUAGCUGCAAUUUUACAUCUGGGAAAUGUUGAAUUUUCUCCUGGGAAAGAGCAUGACUCAUCAAUAAUAAAGGAUGAGAAAUCAACAUUUCAUUUGCAGAUGGCUGCUAACCUUUUCAAGUGUGAUCUGAACCUACUACGAGCAACAUUAUGUACUCGUACAAUACAAACCCGCGAAGGAAAUAUUGUCAAAGCUCUUGAUUGCAAUGCUGCUGUUGCUGGCAGGGAUGUUUUGGCGAAAACCGUCUAUGCUCGUUUGUUUGAUUGGCUUGUUGAUAAGAUCAAUAAAACGGUUGGGCAAGAUAUCAAUUCCAGGAUGCAAAUUGGAAUAUUGGAUAUAUAUGGCUUUGAGUCUUUUAAGGAUAACAGUUUUGAGCAAUUCUGCAUCAAUUUUGCAAAUGAAAAGCUUCAACAACAUUUUAAUGAGCAUGUAUUCAAGAUGGAGCAAGAGGAGUAUAAAAAAGAAGAAAUUGAAUGGAGUUACAUUGAAUUUAUAGACAACCAAGAUGUUUUAGAUUUGAUUGAAAAGAAGCCCAUUGGUAUCAUUGCCCUGUUAGAUGAAGCAUGCAUGUUUCCAAAAUCAACGCACCAAACAUUCUCAACCAAGUUGUUUCAGCACUUCUUGUCCCACACUAGGUUUGGAAAGGAGAAGUUUUCAGAAACAGAUUUUACUGUUUCUCAUUAUGCUGGAAAGGUGACUCAGUGUUGCUGUACAUCCUCUUGUUUGGCAAAGUAUAUUGUGUAUGUAAUAUCUUCCAAUAUUUUUAUGCAGGUCACAUACCAUACAAACACAUUUUUAGACAAAAAUCGUGAUUAUGUAGUUCUAGAGCAUUGUAAUGUAUUAUCUUCUUCAAAAUGUCCCUUUGUGAAGGGUCUUUUUCCUUCUUUACCAGAGGAAUCUUCAAGGUCAUCCUACAAGUUUUCUUCCGUGGCUUCCAGAUUUAAGCAACAACUUCAAGCACUUAUGGAAACACUGAAGACAACAGAGCCUCAUUACAUUCGAUGCGUCAAGCCAAAUUCUUCAAAUCUACCACAAAAGUUUGAGAAUACAAGUGUCUUACAUCAAUUACGUUGCGGGGGUGUACUUGAGGCUGUUCGGAUAAGUCUGGCAGGUUAUCCAACUCGAAGGACUUACUCGGAGUUUGUAGAUCGCUUUGGAUUAAUAGCUCCUGAAUUUAUGGAUGGAAGUUAUGAUGAUAGAGCUACAUCUCAGAAAAUAUUGCAAAAGCUAAAGCUUGAGAAUUUUCAGCUGGGUAGGACUAAAGUGUUUCUCCGGGCUGGUCAAAUUGGUGUUUUAGACUCUAGGAGGGCUGAAGUUUUGGACAAUGCUGCAAAGUGUAUUCAGUGUCGACUGCGUACAUUUAUAGCACACAGGGAUUUCAUCUCAAUCCGAGCUGCUGCUGUUUCUCUUCAAGCAUGCUGCAGGGGAUGCCUUGCACGGAAGAUAUAUGCUUCUAAACGCGAGACUGUAGCAGCUAUCUCCAUUCAGAAAUAUAUUCGUAUGUGUCUGAUGAGGCGUGCUUACACGGCAUUGUAUUCUUCUGCUAUCAUCAUACAAUCAAAUGUUCGUGGUUUCACAAUUCGCCAAAGAUUCUUGCAUAGAAAAGAACACAAAGCUGCAACUACUAUUCAGGCGUAUUGGAAGAUGUGCAAGAUUCGGUCUACUUUCAAACAACAUCGAUUUUCAAUCGUGGCAAUACAAUGCCUUUGGCGCUGUAAACAAGCAAAAAGACAGCUUCACAGACUUAAACAAGAGGCUAGUGAAGCUGGUGCUCUGCGUUUAGCAAAGACUAACCUUGAGAAACAAUUGGAAGAGCUCACAUGGCGUUUGCAUCUUGAAAAAAAAAUAAGGGUGUCUAAUGAAGAGGCUAAGCAAGUUGAGAUUUCCAAACUUCAGAAGAUGUUGGAAGCUCAGAAUUGUGAAUUAGAUGAAGCUAAAUCUGCAACAAUUAAUGAGUUGAAUAAGAAUGCGAUUUUGCAAAAUCAGUUGCAGUUAUCAGCUAAGGAAAAAUCUGCUUUAGAAAGAGAGCUAGUUGCAAUGAAUGAAGUGCGAAAGGAAAAUGCUCUGUUGAAGGGUUCUCUGGGUGCCUUAGAAAAGAAGAGCACGGCUUUGGAGCUUGAGCUUGUGAAUGCUCAAAAAGACCAUAACAAAACCAUUCAGAAAAUGAAGGAGUUUGAACAGAAGAGUUCUCAACUUGCACAAAAUUUGAAAAGUCUUGAAGAAAAGCUCUUGAGUUUGGAGAAUGAAAAUCAUGUUCUUCGUACGAAAGCCUUAAGUGUAUCUCCAAAGAGUAAUCAUCCAGGUUUUGCAAAGUCGUCAUUAGAACAGAAAUACUCAAGUGCAAUAGUCCCCCACAAUGAGCAAAACCCAGCAUUUGAAUCACCCACACCCACAAAACUUAUUUCCUCCUUUACACGUGGCUUGUCAGAUUCUCGUCGGUCUAAAUUAACAGCAGAAAAGCACCAGGAUAACUAUGAAUUCCUCGCUAGGUGUAUCAAAGAGAAUUUGGGGUUCAAAAAUGGUAAACCUGUAGCAGCUAGUAUCAUAUACAAAUGUCUUCUCCAUUGGCAUGCAUUUGAAUCUGAGCGCACGGCCAUAUUUGAUUACGUAAUUGAUAGAAUUAAUGAUGCCAUCAAAGUUAGCGACAACGACAUUGUCUUGCCAUAUUGGCUGUCCAAUACCUCCGCACUUGUGUGCCUUUUACAGAGAAAUGUCCGUUCAAAUGGUUUCUUAACUACCACUGCUCAACGUUAUGCUGGAUCAUCUGGCUUGACCACCCGGAUGGGGCACGGACUGAAGUCUUCAUUGAAGUUAAUUGGAUAUAAUGAUGGUAUGCCACAUGUGGAUGCAAGAUAUCCAGCGAUACUUUUUAAACAACAACUAACCGCUUGUGUAGAGAAGAUUUUUGGCCUUAUACGUGAUAAUUUGAAAAGGGAACUUUCUCCACUUCUGGCAUUAUGUAUUCAGGCACCCAAAGCAGGACGAGUGCAAAGUGGGAAAUCAUCUAGAUCUCCUGGGGGACUUCCUCAACAAUCACCUGGUGGCCAAUGGGACAACAUCAUCAAUUUUUUGAAUUCACUCUUGAACCGAUUGUGUGCAAAUCAUAUACCAUCCUUCUUCAUCCGCAAGCUAGUUACACAGGUCUUUUCCUUCAUCAAUAUGACGCUGUUCAACAGUCUUCUUUUGCGACGUGAAUGUUGUACUUUCUCAAAUGGUGAGUAUGUAAAGUCUGGCCUUGCUGAACUGGAGAAAUGGAUAGUUAAUGAAAAUGAAGAGUAUGCAGGAACAUCCUGGCAUGAGCUGAAUUAUAUAAGACAAGCUGUCGGGUUUCUGGUAAUACAUCAGAAGAGAAAGAAAUCUUUGGAAGAAAUUAGACAGGAUCUUUGUCCGGCAUUAACUGUGAGGCAAAUCUAUCGAAUUAGUACUAUGUACUGGGAUGACAAGUAUGGAACCCAAAGUGUGUCCAACGAGGUAGUCGGUGAAAUGAGGGAAAUUGUGAGCAAAGACAAUCAUAGUUUGUCCUCAAAUUCAUUCUUGCUGGAUGAUGAUAUGAGUAUUCCUUUUUCUGCUGAAGACAUAGACAUGGCGAUCCCUGCUGUGGAUGCUGAUGAUAUUGAGCUCCCAGCAUUCUUGUGUGAAUACCCUUGUGCCCAGUUUCUUGUUUCACACGAGUAAUGAUGGAUUUAUAAUUGCAAGAUUGUUUCCCUCGUUGAUUUACAAUCUGGAAUAUGGCAACGCAAAUGCAAUCCAGUUAGAAAUGUUUCCCUUCAUGAUGACAGCAAUCUUAGUUGUCCGUAGAUUUUACAACUCUCAGUCACUUUGUUUGCGAAUCAUGAUAUUAAUUACCAAAGGAGAUGGAGAAGGAAAAAAUGAUUCUCCUGGUUUGAUUGUAACUUUUCCCUAAAUUACACUGUUAAACCAGCAACUUGUAAAUUAUCCAAGAAUAGAUUACUCUGUCUAGGAGGUUCACGGGCUGCUUCUAUUAUUAUGCAGCUCAUCUUAGGUAUACUCAUUCAUUGCUGGCUUUUCAGUUGUGUAUUAUUUGUAGGUAUGCACUAACAGACAGAGCCUUUGGCUAAAGAAACUAAAUAUAUUAUUCAUGGAUGUAUAUACUGAACUUCUUUCA